AUGAAGACCACCGCCAUGCUCAUGCUCGCCGCCUUCACCAGCAGUGCCCUAUCCCUCGAAGUCAAAGACGCUUCAACCGCUGGUGGUGGCACUCCUGGCUCCCCCGCCUGCAACCGCCAAUGCUUGAUCACCAUUUCUCCAGUCGACGGAGCCUCCACGCAGAGGUCCGACGGCUUCCCGGGCUCUUGCAAGGAGUACGCCACUGGUCAGCUCAAGGGUAUCAACCGUUCUAUUGACGGAGGUCGCCUUAACAUCAACGGUGUUGGAGGCAACCUCGUCAUCGACUUUGUCAAGAACGGGCGUGAUCGCCGUGCUUCUUUCACUAAUUGCAAGGAAGCUGUUUUCACUGGUGCGCAGUGCAACCUUAAGCAGGGAGGUUGUGAAAAGCAGGCUGAGUCGGGCUAA